GUAAAAAGCUAAAUAUCCAUUCUUCUUUUCGGUUUAAUUUUUUUUAAAAAAAAAAAGAAACCAUGCCCAACCGUGAUGUCUACAACCCUCUGUUAUUCGAGGUUGCUUGGGAAGUUGCAAACAAAGUUGGUGGUAUCUAUACUGUCAUAAAAACCAAAGUACCUGUGACGGUACAUGAAUUUGGCGACCGUUACUGCCUGAUAGGUCCUUUGUCUUACAAGACAGCACCUAUGGAAGUAGAGGCAUUAGAGCCACCAAAUGCACAAAUCCGUGAGACACUAGAGGAAAUGGAGCGGGAAGGAAUCAAGUAUCUCUUUGGGCGUUGGCUGGUCGAAGGUGCUCCUUACGUUCUGCUCUUCGACACAAACAGUGCGCUUCACAAGUUGGACGAGUGGAAAGGUGAUCUUUGGCGUACGGCCGGUAUCCCAAGUCCUCCAAACGAUCUCGAGACAAACGACGCAAUUCUGUUUGGUUACCUUGUUGCAUGGUUCUUGGGUCAAGUUAGCCCCAAACUUACCCAGCCAAAGGCAAUAGCUGACCACAACAACAGCACAAGAAACAACAAUGGCCAUAGAUCACAUUCUGAUGUUGCCAACACCAACGGAGGCUCUAGUGUUGGCCAGGAUCGCCCUCCAGCGGUUAUAGCUCACUUCCACGAAUGGCAAGCGGGUGUAGCCAUCCCGCUCAUCAAACGCCGUCAUAUUGACGUCGCGACCAUCUUCACCACUCAUGCAACCUUACUGGGCCGAUACUUGUGCGCUGGAUCGGUUGACUUUUACAACAACCUUCAAAAGUUUGACUGUGAUGGAGAGGCAGGCAAGAGAGGCAUCUACCACCGUUACUGUAUCGAACGUGCUGCUGCACACUGCGCAGAUGUCUUUACUACCGUCAGUCACAUCACUGCCUAUGAGAGUGAGCAUUUACUCAAGCGCAAACCAGAUGGUGUUCUCCCCAACGGUCUCAAUGUCGUCAAAUUCUCGGCCAUGCACGAGUUCCAAAAUCUACAUGCCCUCAAUAAGGAGAAAAUCAAUGACUUUGUACGAGGUCACUUUUAUGGCCAUUAUGACUUUGAUCUCGAAAACACAAUCUACAUGUUCACAGCAGGUCGUUAUGAGUAUCGCAACAAAGGUGUCGAUAUGUUUGUCGAAUCUUUAGAAAGACUCAAUGCACGACUCAAGGCUGCAAAAUCAAACACCACCGUUGUCGCAUUUAUCAUUAUGCCCGCCGCUACCCACUCAUUCAAUGUGGAGGCACUCAAAGGACAGGCAGUCACAAAACAAUUAAGAGGAACAGUAGAUGAGAUCCAGGAUCGUAUUGGCCACCGCAUUUAUGAAAAAGCCUUGAGAGGUGAGGAAUUGGAUCCAAAGGACUUUUUGUCAGAGGAGGAUCGUGUGUUGCUGAAGCGCCGUGUGUUUGCUCUUAAGCGCCAGUCUCUUCCUCCUAUUGUGACCCACAACGUGGUUGGUGAUGCCGAAGAUCCUGUGCUGAACCAGUUGCGCCGUCUCCAGAUGUUCAACAAUGCACAUGACCGUGUCAAGGUGAUCUUCCACCCAGAGUUCUUGAAUGCCAACAACCCACUGUUUGGCCUCGAUUACGAAGAGUUUGUCCGAGGCUGCCAUCUGGGUGUAUUCCCGUCUUACUACGAGCCCUGGGGUUACACACCUGCCGAGUGCACUGUCAUGGGUGUUCCUUCAAUUUCUACAAAUCUUUCUGGAUUUGGUUGUUUCAUGGACGAAAACAUCGAAAAUUGUGAAGACUAUGGUAUUUACAUCAUGGACCGCCGACUCAAGUCUGUCGAGGAAUCUCUCCAGCAGUUAUGCGAUCAGAUGUUUAGAUUCUGCCAAAAGACCCGCCGCCAGCGUAUCAACCAGCGCAACCGUACCGAGCGUCUUUCUGACCUACUGGACUGGAAGCGCAUGGGCCUUGAGUACAUCAAAGCCCGACAGCUGGCCCUCAGACGCGUCUACCCAGACUCGUUUGACGGUGAAGAGGAAGAGGAGGAAGAGGUGUUCCGCAAGAUCCCAAAGCCCUUGUCUGCACCCGCAAGUCCCCGCAUCCGCCACGAGGUCAACAGCGCGUACUUCCCGGCCGACGAUGAAGAAGAAGAAGACCCAUACUUUAUGCCACCGAUGAAAUUCCCGGCCUUGCGUCGUGGAUCCCAGGAACCAACCCGCGAAGAACAGCUGUUGAGUGAGGGUGAUCUUCAGGCUCUGAACAAAUUGACCUUGGAAAACAAGGAGGCUAAUAGAGAACGGCAACAGUAAAGAAUGGAGGAGUGUUUUAACGCUUUACUUUUCUUUUUCUUUAUCUUAUACACCCACCCACACAUCCACGCGCAUACACAUACAUUCAUAUGUAUGUAUGUAUGUAUGUAUGUAUGUAUGUAUGUAUGUUGAGCGCCUUUUCUUCUUCUUUUUUCUUUUUUAUUCCUCCAAAAUCUUCCUUUUCUCUUUUCCUCCUUUUCGACACUUUAAAAAAAAGGGCUUGAAAAUCAAAUCAUUUUGAGCCUUUCUCCUAUUAACCACCCACCACCUAUUAUAUAUGUAUAUAUUGUACAUGUGUAAACAAAACAAUACACAAACACGCACACGCACACGCACACAAAAGCAAUAAUAAAGAUAUUGUCUUUCUCUCUCUCUCUAU